UGAACUUUUUGGUCUUUUGGGGCCCAUCUAUGCUGCAUUAUUUAGUGGCUGGGUGUUGUUCGAUUCCUCUGUGCAUCUCUGGCCCUCUGGUAGACGCAAGUACGACGUUCACGGGGCAGACACCACACAUCUUGUUGGGAAGGAGAAGGAGGAACUUUGCAUGUUGCAUUGCAGCUCCAGACAGUCCCGCAAUCCUCAGCAGCCUUUCAAAAAUCAAAUUAAAUCUCCUUGUGUCAUGUCAUCAGUCGAUGGGUGUGAGAAAGAGAAAAGAGGACGUUGUCAGCCGCAAGGACAUGAGACACACUCGACGUUCAGCUGCGCAAUAACAGAGGUUUAUCAUCUAGAGGAUUUUCACCUCGUCUCCCAUCACCCCCUCGCAAGUCGACCUUCUGCCAUGCCGCGGUCGUUCCUCGUCAGAAGUAAAAGGACUCAUCUACUAAGCUCAUGUAAGGACUCCUUCAGACAACACGACCAGUGCCGAAAAGAGGCUGCACAGCCUGGGCAGCAUGUGAAGGAACAGGACAGGGGCCGUCCUAAGGAUGCUGUGUCCCUCACAUUAGGGGUCACAGACCUUCUUGCUGAGGCCAGCUCACCACUGGACGAGAUGGCAGUCCAGUUAAACAGUCCCACCGCACAUGAUCCUUGGACUCCAGCAAGUGUCCCCGUGGAGAACACAGACGCUCAUCUGCCCGUCUCGCCAUGGUUGUCGAACAGACACCAGGCUACUGAAAGGGAGAGGGAGCUGGAGAAACUGGUCUUCAUGCUUCUCAACCACACAUCGCACACCGACCUCAAAUCCCCUGUGAGUCAAUGCCCACUCUGUGAAAAGUCUCUUUCAGAAGUCCUGUUGUCAGGUGAUGCGCAGGCAAAUUUCUGCAACAUCCUCUCUGUCCCCUUGACAACAUCACCCAUGACCGCAGACAUGCCCCACACGCCCUUCGGCUUCACAGCAAUCGGCAGCUAUGGCAGAGUUAAGGAGCGUAACUUUGGCUGCAAGGUGUGCGGAAAGGUGUUCAAGCGCUCGUCCACCCUGUCCACACACCUCCUCAUCCACUCAGACACACGGCCCUACCCCUGCCAGUACUGCGGGAAGAGGUUCCACCAGAAGUCAGACAUGAAGAAGCACACUUUCAUACACACAGGUGAGAAACCACACGUGUGCAAGGUGUGCGGUAAAGCAUUCAGCCAAAGCUCCAACCUCAUCACCCACAGCCGAAAGCACAACAGUUACCAGGCGCUCAGCUGCCCCCGCUGUCAGCGCACCUUCCGGCGCAGGGUUGACCUACAGCACCACCAGCAGACGCAGUGUGGUUAUGAAAAUAUGUUCCCUUGAAACUGAGGCCGUGACGCAAUGAAGCGAUGGCAAAACUGGGGUGAAACAGAAAUUGUACAUAAUUGUCAUUUAUAAUUGUCGGAGGAAAUAACAAGCAUGAUUAUAAAUGUUCAAUAAAACUGCACUCUUCUGCUUAAAACCA